AUGGGGGCUUAAUAAAUAAGAUAUUAAUUAAAUAAAUAUCUUCUUUAAAAAGUUUAAGACUGCAUUGGAUAUCUAUCAGACAUUGAGAUUCAGAGACAGUUAGAAUAGUAAAUCUUACAACAAACUGAUACAGAAUAGAAAUUAUCUGUUGUUAUUAAUGACAUGAAAUAAAUUACAGAUGUCAUAAGAAAAUUAAAAGAUCAUGAAUUUAAUAGUUUAAACUUUUCCUCUGAAGAAAAUGAGGAAUCAACAUUAAGUCUUAUAAAUAGCAUCAAGGAAAAUAGAAUGAUCAUUGAAUUUUUGUAAUUUUUAGUUCACCUCACAUCCAUUGAUGAAACUUCAAUAUAGGGUGGGUCUAAUUCAUUACACAUAUUAGUUUAGAUGAAGGUGGACCUUAAAAACAAAAAUUUUGAAAACAUAAAAAUCUCAAAUACUUCCUUAGUGGGAGCUAAUUUUGUAAGGUGUAGUUUUAGUGGAUCAUUAUUUGAUAAUAUAGAUAUAAGUGGAGUUAAUUUGAAUUGUGUUCAGAUGUUUAAUUGUAAAUGGAAGAACAUUAAAAUCCAUGAAAUAAAUAUAUUUGAUGGUCAUACAAGUUGGGUUAGAUCAGUCUGUUUCUCUCCUGAUGGAAAUACAUUAGCUUCUGGUCGUCAAAACAGCGUAAUAAAAAGCCAAAUUAGAUGGUCAUACUAGUGGUAUAUUGUCAGUCUAUUUCUCUCCUGAUGGAAAUACAUUAGCUUCUGGUAGUGAUGAUAAGUCCAUCCGUCUAUGGGAUGUAGAGACAGUAGAAUAAAUUUAAUCAUCAGAUAAUAGAUAUAAAGAAAUUUUUGAAAAUUGCAAGGAUUUUUUUAAAUAAAACAGCCCUUUUACAGGUAUUUUUGUUUUAUGCUAUUCAGUCACCACAAAUUAUACUAUUUUUCUUAUAUCCAAAACGCCAAUUUUUUAAGCUUAAAACGCUCUUGUCCAUAAGGUUGAGUUUAUUAAUUAUUCAGGCAUUGAUUUAAGACCAUUAUUAAAAUAAAAAGGAAGUUACAUUUUGGAAAGCUGUAUGCAAAAAUGACAUAUUAUUAUUUUUUAGAAUGACCAAAUAUAUUAAUAUAUCUAGAAAAGACCAUUAUUUAAACAUUAUCCAAUGUUAUUAAGCAUGCUUCAUUUAUGUUUCAAUUUCAUUAAAUCAAUUAGAAACUUCAAUUUUGAUAAUUAUUUAUAUAAUAUGGAAUUUUAUUUUAUAAUAGAUUAAAUGGAACAAAAAUUAAUAUAUAAUUGCAUUUUAUCAGCGUUCUAGUUGGAAAAUAUUAUAUGUAAAAAACAAUGAAGGAAACACACUAUUAGAAUCUUAAAUGAAGGAUUAAUAUACUUUAUAAUUAUGGUUUUCCUUUAUUAAUGAUGUAUCCUUUUGUGUAUGGAAUCAAUUAACAUUAAUUUUGUUUUUAAUAGAAAAAGAUUCUUAUCUUUAGAUAGAAGUUAAUUCUAAAGAAAAAGUAAUUUUAAAUUAUCAUUUAUUUCAACACACAAAAGUUAUAAAAAAAUUAUUAGUAUAAAUGAAAUGCUAAAUCAUAAUUGUUGUAAAUUCAACAGAAAAUAGUAAUUCAAAAGUAAAUGAUUCUUCAAUUAAUGAGCUCAAUCUAAAUUUGAAAAAUGAAAAUAAUAAAUUCCAUUUUUAUUCAGAUAUUCUUUUCCUAUAAAACUAAUUCGAAUUAAACGUUUUUUUGAAUCCUUAUAUUAAUCAGACUUAUUAAAUUAGUAAUACUCCAUUAUUUUUUUUUGAAUUUGAUAAAUUAUUCUGUUAAUAUGAUCAAUCAAAUAAUACUAUAUUAUUUUAUAGAUAUUAUCAAUUAAACAGUUUUAUAAAACCUAAAUAGAAGUAUCUCUACCUAAUUCACCCCAAAGAUUUGUUUUAAAAUGAUACUUUAUUCAUGUGUUUAAGAACAAUUUAUGAAAAUAACACAUUAGAAGAGAAAUCCUAAUUAGUUGAGUAGAUAACAGUAUAACAUAAUUGUUAAAGUAAAUUCUAAUAAAAAAUCUGGAAGUCAGAAGCACUAUUUUUAUUCCAAAAUAGUUAAUUCAAUUUAUAUAAUAAUGAGGGUAGCAUAAGUGUAAGUAUACAAAAUAAUCAAAAAUUUUUGAAUUCUUGUUUAUCAAAGCUUCAAUCAUUUUAUUUUAAAGAUAAGAUUGAGUUGAGAUAAAUAAAUAUUCCUUAUUACAUAAGUUUUCAAAAUGAUUCUCAUUUUUAUAUUUACAAUUGUAAGCAAAAUAAAAUAAUUAUUUCAAUCAAUAGAGAUUAAUUUGAAGUACUUGAAUCUUAAGGGGACUAUUAUAUAAUAAACAAAAACAAGACCAAUCAUUUGAGAGUAAUAUAAUUUUAAGGUGAGUAAUUACUCUAAUUAAAAAUAAAGUUUGAAGAAGCAAUUAUAAAUUCUUAAAAAUUUUCAUAAAGUGUAAUUCUAUACAUGAAUAAUUCAAAUUUACCUCCUUUAAUAUAUUAAAAUUUUUAAUUAAAUGAAGAUGGAAAAUAUCUUUCGAAGAGUCUUUAUUAAUCAGAACCUAUUCUAUUUUAUUAAGAAAUGGGAUAUUAAAAGUUAAUUUAGUAUAAAAAUUUUAUAGCUGUAGAAAAUCAAGGAAAUGUUAGAUGUUUUAAAUUUUAAGUGGGAUUAAUUAUUUCGAUUUAAACUAUAAAAAUCACAAAUAAAGACUAUUCAAUAAUAGCAAUUUGGUACAAUCUAAUAAUUUUACAUUACAAAAUUUCACAAGAUCACUUAUCCUUAUUUAUUGUAAUGAUUAUGAAUUACAUUAAAUUUUUAAUUAUAGUUUUUCUGAUUAUGUAUUUUCAUAUCCAUUUAAGUACAUUAGAAACCCUUCUCAUUUAGCUAUUUUAAUGAAGUAAAACAAAGAAUUAUAUAUAGCUAUUUUUAAAUAUAAUAUAUCUUCAUUGCAAUUUUAAGAAAUUAUUGAAACUGAUGAUUCCUUUUUUACUUUUUAUUAAAGUGAUCUAUUGUAUUAUUGGUAUAAAGAAUGGAGAUAUUUACUUUUAAAUCAAAUUUUGGUAGAAGUAGAAAUAAAUCAUAAUUUUUUAAAGAACUUAUCAUUACUCUAUUAGAAAGAUUUAUAUCCAAAUAAAUAAUAAGAGAGAAGUAUUUAACUGAUAUUGUAGAUUUAAAACAAUUGUUAAAAGAUAUAUCCUCUUAAGAAUUUAUUUA